GUUCUAAGUUUAUGUUCGCGAGCUAGCCACGCCACGGAACAUUUAGUGAUCAUUAAUAAUUACUUACAUAAAAUAUUUCAAUAAAUAAAUAAUUACAUAUUAUUUAAAUCGUAAACGCAUUUUAUGAAGACAUUUAAAAAUAAAAUAAAUAAUUAAUUUUUAAAUACUUAGACCAAAAUCUUGCAAAUAAAAUAACGACUGGAGAAUUGCAAACACAUCUAAAAAAAUAAAAUAAAUUUAAAAUAAAAUAAAAAAAUCAAAAUUAAAGAAAAUCAAUUACCUAUAAUUAAAAUAAAUUUUAAAUUAAAACCAAAAAUAUUAACAUAAAUAAAUAUUCAGAAACGUUAAGUUUAGUUUGAAAAAAAAAACUGUGGUGUGUCAUUCAUUAGAAAGUGAACUUUUUUUUAUUAAAAAUUAUAAUAAUUUAAUGUAAAAUGUGGCCUGUGCUUGUGUUCUGUGUUUUCUUAGCGUGGUGGUAUUUGAAGAUAAAAGUGAAAACAAAACAACCCCCCGACCAUCCGGGGGGCUGGUUUGGGAACACGCUGUAUAUGGGCGUUCUACAGGAAUCUUUAUGGGUCAAAGUUGAGAGAUUAUCUGAAGAGUGCAACAAGCAUGGUGGAGUGACGCGUUUGCUAGUGGGACCUUUUACUUAUUACGUGAUCACAGAUCCGGAUGCCAUUCUGAAUGUGAUGAACGUAGCUCUGGACAAAGGGGUUUUCUACCGGUUUUGGGACCGCUGGCUGGGCGACGGGGCAGUGGUCGCGUCUGCGGAAGUAUGGAAGCCGCACCGCAAACUGCUGAAUCCAAUGUUCAACCAGCACAUCCUAGAGGAUUACCUCCAGAUCUUCAACAGCCAGGCUAGGCGGAUCGUUGAAUUGCUCUCCAAAGAGGCAGGGAAGGGACAAUUUGAUCCCUUACCUGCUCUCGCCCUGGUCAAUAUGGAGACUAUAUGUUUAACCUUCUUCGGCUUCAAGGAAGAGGAGAGCAUCCUGAAAGAUUAUAGCGAUGCUGUUCACGAGCUGAACAGGAUAACGCGACAGAGAUUCGUCAGGUUCUGGCUGCAUAGCUAUCAUGUCUACAGGUGGACUCAGCUCAAGAAGAAGGAGGAUCGAUGUCUUGAAACUGUACAUGGGAUCUCUUCAAAGCUCAUAGAAAAAAGGAAAAUCAUGCUGGCAAAAAUUAAACACUUUGGAAAAGAAUCACAGAUAUCAGAAACAAACACAAAGAAAUCCUUCAUAGACAUGCUUCUGGAACGUCAAGAAGAGAAGCUGUACACAGAGAAGCAAGUGAGAGAAGAGAUAGACACAUUCUUCUUUGGAGGCCACGACUCUACUGCCACCACUCUGAGUUACAUCCUAGUUGUGCUUGGGACCUACCCACAUGUAGUAGAGAAGGUCUAUGCUGAGGUGAAGCAAGUCCUAGGCGACGCAGAGAUAGUGACUAAGGAUGACCUGCCCAAGCUGGUAUACACAGAGGCCGUGAUAAAAGAAUGCAUGCGACUCUACCCCUUCGCACCAUUCGUGUCGCGAAUGAUUCAUACAGACAUCAAACACAAAGACUACACCCUAUCCGCGGGAAGCACGCUAUUCUUCCUAUUCAAAGGCGUACACAGACACCCAGUUUGGGGUCCUGAUGCAGACCAGUAUCGUCCAGAAAGAUGGCUGGACCCAGCGACACUGCCUGAGCAUACCGCCGCCUUUGCCAGCUUCAGUUGGGGACGACGAUCGUGCAUUGGUAAAACGUACGCGAUGAUGUUGAUGAAGACGACAGUAGCAUAUUUGGUGCGGCAUCUCACUUUCACCGGUGAUCACACGAAGCUGAGGUUUGAGCUGGACGUCGUGCUGAAGCCUUUGUGUGGGAAUCUCAUCAGCGUUGAGAAGAGACUAUAGACCUUAGGGUGGUAUAUAUAAAUAAACUAAUCUUAGCUUAUGGAUUGCUCUCAAGAUCAUGUCAAUGUGACAGUUCUUAUAUAAAAACAGGGACUUGAGCGUAAUCUUGAGUGAAGUCUCAGCUGAGAUUAGUUUAUUAAUACCACCCCUAGGGUGUGUAAGUAUAAUCAAAUAUUUGGAAGUUGAGUAGUUGCCUAGGUCAAAGUUAAACUGUAAAACUCUGAUACUAUACAAAUACAGAUCUAAAACUAACGAAAAACAUUGUCAUUCUUCUAUCGUGUGGGUUGUGAGGCGUACCAACCUCAUCAACCCUGGUGUCAGGGUUACUAUUGAGCCGCCAAAGGCCCCUGACAUGACUCAUUUAUAACGACUACGUACUUACACAGUAAGUAGUAACCGGGACCAACGGCUUAACGUGCCUUCCGAAGCACGGACCGUCUUACUGUCGUCUGUCGUAUUGUCAUUUAUGAAUUUUAAUGAAGAUAAACGACUUUUUAUCACGUUUUAAUGUGCUAUUACUUAAAAAGUCCAUGGAAAAAUUUCGUGUUUAGUAAAAAGUUACUGAUUUGACUAAGUUGGAAACUAGCAUAUUAAGCUGCUAUUUUUAAACGGCUUAUUAGCACUUCAAACUGGGUCAUAGGUGUCUCCUAAGCCGUAAAUCGCUAAAAAUCCAUGGCGGUGUUUCUGGUAGCAAAUGAUGCCCUCUUAGUGGUGUCAAAAUGUAGGUUUGCACUUCUCAUUUGCCAGGGACAGACCUGAUUUCGAUGAUUUUUUUUCUUUUGUAGGGGUAGUUUUUUUACAUUAUUUAAAAUCAGAAACAUCUUGAGUGGCGCGUAUAAAUAUUUCGAUCAUAGACAGGGUGUUAGUGACAUCGUAACGAAAAUUUUGAGGGAUGAUUCAGAUCAUAAUUCUGAAUUGAUAUCAAGUGGAAUUUUCUGUCGCAGAAGUAUUUUGAAAAUAUUUAAAAAGCCACAAAAAAAUUGUUAAUUUUGCAACGGAAAAUUCCACUUGAUGUUAACACUGAAUCAUGGUCUGAAUCAUCCCUCUCAGUAUUUGGUUCGAUGUCACUAACACCUGUAUAAAAAAAUGUUUGAUUUUUUUAUUCAAACGAAUUAACUACAUUGACUCGACUAUCUAUCUAAGUUUUAAUUUACGUAAGUAGGUAUUACUUUAGAUCUCCUAGAAGACAUUUUGGAAGACGGGAUAGAUAUAUUUGUAGAUCUAUAAUAAUAAGAGAAAGAAAUAAAACCACAAUAUUAUUUA